GGUCGGGGGGUCGGAUAUAAAUGGAGGCGAGAUGUACAAUGUUCCAUUCCAACAAAAGAAUAUCGCGACAGGCAGCUGGCCUCAUGCACAUGUCGAUCCGUUUUUGUUUCUAAUCAAGUUAUCAACGACAGACAGUAGGCAGUAAAGAUCUGUGCGAUACUUGACUGAAAUUUGACAGGACUAGCAUUGCAAGUCAACUGGUGACGCAAGAAAGAAAAAAUCUAUAUUUAACCUCAAGGACUAAUAACGAAAUAUCGUUUACAUUUUGGUUUAGCAUAGCCGUUUUUUAGAGUGUGAAAGUUUUAUUGUUGCAAAAGACAAUGAUUGAUAUUAUUAGCAAAUUGUGUUACUUGGUCAAUUGCAACUAUCUUUUAGGUCACCUAGCCAAAGAACUCAAAUUGGCUGCUCAGUCUUUGAGAUUCUUUGAAGCUAAUAGGACGUUUUCGUCGCUUGCCCAGAAUUAAAACGACAAAGGCGAUUGGUGAGUGAGAUCAUGGAACCAUCACCUGCCGUAAUUACUUUGCUGCUGGUUUUCUGGCUAAAAAUAGUAUCAACUUCCCUUUCAUCAAUCGAAGCGGAUGACGUAUUCUCUUCCGUCUCGAAAAUGGAAGAUCUAGUCCAUCAAGAGAAGAAACUUGUCGACACAGUCGAUUCGUUUCUGAUUGAAGCCAAACAGCGACUUGCCAUCGUUGAAGAUUACGUCACCACGUAUCGGCAGGCAAUAAAAGGAGAACUAAACUCGGCCUGGUUGGUGGCUAAUCCCGUGGACGCUUAUCAUUUGAUUAAACGGUUCACCGUAGACUGGCGUACAACGGAACAGAUUCUUCGUGAUGUGUCUAUCACCAGUAACGAUGCUUGUAAUCACGUCAUGAUGUUGCGUGACAAAUCAGUGUUCGCCGAGUCGCACGAUUUGCAUGGAGCUGCAAUUGCACUCAUUCGCCUUCAAGACACGUAUAAACUUAACGUGACUGCGUUAGCCGACGGUCGUUAUACUGGCGUGGAUCAGUCGAAAGAACAAGUGUUCCAAAGUCUGCAAGAUUUAAGCAGUCGUGACUGCUUUUUUAUAGCGCGGCACGCGUUUGCCGAUGGAUAUUACGACACUGCCUUAGAAUGGGGUGAGGCCGCACUACGUCAAUUAGCUCGGGAGGAAGACAAUGUUGGUCCAACGACCGAAAUUCUUGGCUAUGAAAUCAAGCAUUUCAUGAACUAUGCCAGUAUUGUGCAUGAUGACGUUCUGGAGAAAAAAGGACCACUCGGCAUGCAUUGGCAGACUAAUAGUAAUCCAGUGAACAAAAAAUUAUUCCGAUCGGGAAGUAGCGAGAAGUACGAAAGCCUCUCCGAGCAGAAAUUCACGCCCAAGCUUUACCAACAACAAAGCGAAGAUGAACAAAACGAAAGCUACGAAAGGCUUUGUCGAGGAGAAAAACUAAGGACAGUGAAGAUCGAUGCAAGUUUACGAUGCCAUUUAGUGACCAGAGGUCAUCCGGCUUUGUUGCUUCAACCGGCGAAAGUUGAACAACAAUCUCUAGACCCAAUGAUCGUCGUUCUUCAUGAUUUGCUAACCGACCAUCAAACGGACAUUCUUCGUCAACUUGCAGAGCCUAAAUUGGCUACAUCCAGUCAUCUGGGGCCGGACGGGACCUUUAUUCGCAGUAUGAUUCGCACUAGUAAAAAUGCCUGGUUAGAGGAGAAUGAAAAUGCUUCAUUGCCAGCGAUUCGACGUCGAAUGGAAAUAGUCACCGGUCUGAUCUACACUCCCGAAACGGCCUCUGAACAUUUUCAGGUGGCUAAUUAUGGCAUCGGUGGCUUGUAUAAGACACACACUGAUAGCACAGUUAAUCGCGAAGAUACAGAUCCUUGGAUGUUACGCAUUGGUGACAGAAUUGCCACUUUAAUGGUUUAUCUAACGGAUGUGGAAGCUGGUGGAGCAACUGUUUUCCCAAACGCUGGAGUUACUUGCUGGCCACGAAAGGGAUCGGCCGCCUUCUGGUGGAAUUUGUACAAGAACGGAGAGCCGGAUCUCACCACGAUUCAUGGAGCCUGUCCUGUUUUGCAUGGUAGUAAAUGGGUAUCAAAUAAAUGGAUUCGCCAAUACGAUCAAAUGUUUGUUGCAAAAUGCGGGCUCCAUUUUUUGGAAAAGUUUGAUGCCCUAGUGCCUCACACUAGGGUAUAUGCAGACAUGAUGUCAAGAAACUAAUCGCAUUUCAACCGAAGCCAUACAGAUUAAACGCAGCCGGGUCGUAGUGGACAUACGGCCCGCUAAUUAUGGUACAUCUUAGACGUCACGCUAUAUAAUAUGAUGUAACAGUUGUGAAAAUUAAUUUGGCUGGAAAUAUUAUUUAAAAGAAAACAUAAA